AUGUUCAAGUCCUUCACAGAGAGCGAUAUCUCCACGCAGAAUCAAGCAAAAUCAUCAGUGGCUCGCGGAGUAAAGUCCGAUGUCGUUGAGAACUACCCCCGAAUGGAAGAAUGCGCUCCUGGGCUCUUCCCAAAGAAAGCUCAGAAUGUUCUGGUGAAGUGUAAGGAUCAUAUUCAAAUGUUCUCCGUGAAUGGAGAGGUUUUGUUCUUCCAGCUCAGAGACGGGCCAUGGAUCCCCACGCUGAGGACGUUACAUAGAUUCCCUACUAUGAUGCCACUGGUUCGAGUCGAUCGGGGUGCUAUUCGCUUCGUCUUGAAAGGUGCCAAUAUAAUGACUCCUGGUUUGACGAGCCCUGGAGGCGCCUUGCCAGAGCAUUUGGAAAAGGAUCAGAUAGUUGCGGUCAUAGGAGAAGGGAAGGAGCACAUCUGUGCUAUUGGGAAGACUCUGCAGUCAGCUGAUGAGAUGAGGUCGACGAACCAGGGUAUUGCGAUUGAGAAUAUCCAUUAUUUGAAUGAUGGGUUGUGGAAGCUGGCAUCGAGAACACUUUGA